UUCAAAAAAAGUACAAGUUACGAAUUUACCACAUAAGAAAUAAAUACUGUUCAUUCUUAGUUCUUACGAGAGUGAUGAGACAUGAACUAUGAACGAUGAAUACCUAUUAUAAUUUUUUUUUGCUAUUAUUCAAAAUACCUGGUAAAUCAUUGACUAUUGUUUAUACAAUCAUAUUUUAUUUUGAUUUACGUGAUCAAUUUAAAAAUGAUAAUUAAACCACAGAAUAAGACAAGAUUUAAACUAAAAGUAUAAACACUUAAUAAAAAAAUAAUUUAAGAUAAUUAGGAUAAGAAUUUAUAAAUCUAUAUUAUAGUAUACAGAAUAAUCUGUAGUAUAAAUUUCAAAAUCUAUCAAAUUAAAGUUCAGCGGUAAAACAUAAUGCCCUCAGUGCUAAAUAAAUCAUACCUAGAUCAUCCGAAGUUAAAAGGAUCUCUAAAAAAGAAAAUAACUCAUGAUAUUCUUGAGAUGGAAGAAUCAUAUGAAAAAAUACCUUUAUAUACAUCAGUAAUGGCAUGUUUGGGAUUUUAUUUUUUGAUUUUUAUUGGAUUGAUAAACCAUAUCGUUUUUACUCCCAAAGUAGCUACUGAAAAAAAUCGCAAGGGAUAUCCACCACUGUACAAUAAAUUUGAUAGCAUAUUUUUGAGGUAUGUAUUUCGGCGUGUUAAAGACUGUUUUAAUCGAGUAGUUUGUGGAGUACCAGGUGCAAAGAUUGAUAUCAUCGAUAGAGUAACUCAUGACAGUUGUUGGUCAUUUGAGCUUCUGGACACAAAAUCUACUUUUCUAAAUUUAGGUUCAUAUAAUUAUUUAGGUUUUGCUCAAAGUGAAGGUCCAUGUGCAGAUGAUACUAAAGACAUAAUAAAGAAAUAUGGUUGGGCAGUCAGUAGUUCACGUCAGGAACUUGGAACCAACAAUCUUCAUUUAGAGCUCGAACAACUAACAGCUGCAUUCUUAGGCGUUGAUGAUGCUAUAGUAUUUGGUAUGGGAUUUGCUACUAAUGCUCUGAAUUUACCUUCCAUCAUAAAUUCUGAAUGCUUAGUACUAAGUGAUGAAUAUAAUCAUGCGUCUGUUAUUUUGGGGAUACGACUGUCAGGAGCCACAUCUGUAGUAUAUAAACAUAAUGAUGUAAUACAUUUAGAACAAUUAAUUAGACAAAAUAUUGCUUCUGGUCAACCGAAAACCCAAAAACCUUGGGAAAAAAUAUUUAUUGUAACUGAAGGCAUUUUUAGCAUGGAAGGAUCAAUUACAAACCUUCCAGAUAUAAUUGCUAUUAAAAAAAAAUACAAAGUUUAUUUAUAUAUUGACGAGGCUCAUAGUAUUGGAGCCUUAGGACCAAAUGGCCGAGGUAUAUUCGAUUAUUAUAACUGCUGUCCAAAAGAUGUUGAUAUAUUAAUGGGCACAUUUAGUAAAUCAUUUGGUUCAGCUGGAGGGUAUAUAGCUGGCAGUAAAGAUUUAAUUGACUAUUUGAGAGUAAAUAGUCAUGCUUCAUGUUAUGCCACAUCUAUGGCACCACCUGUAGCUCAAGUAAUUAUAACAUCUAUGUCAAUGAUAAUGGGAAGAAAACAUGGAGAAGAGGGUAGAAAACGAAUUAUCCAACUAGCAAGUAAUGUCAAAUAUUUCCGAAGGAAACUUAAGGCCUUGGGUUGUAUAGUAUAUGGAAAUGACAACUCUCCUGUUAUUCCUAUGUUGGUAUAUAUGAUAUCUAAAGUUGGGGCAACAGUUAGAGAGUUCAAUAAAUUUAAUAUAGCUACGGUUGGUGUUGGUUUUCCAGCUACUCCAUUACUUGAAGGAAGAAUUCGUUUUUGUAUGUCAGCUGCUUUGUCAAAGGAACAACUUGAUGAAGUUCUGGUUGCCACGGAAAAAAUAAUGAAUAAACUGGGUUUGUGUUAUUCUAAAAAACCAAUUUCUAACGAAGAAAUAUUAUACGAGAACCCAUAUUAAUUUAAAUACCACUGUUUUUAUUUUUGUUUCAUAAAAUUAACUAAUUUUGUAUUGUGUACAUUUAAUUUUUGAAUAUUCACAUUUAAUACAACUAAUAAAUAAACUUUAAUAAUACUCAAAGAACAAGACUUGUGUGACCAUGAUUUAGCAUGAUAUUAUAGUGUCUAAUGCUUAUUAACAUUUAUAAUGUUUGUUUAACUUUAACGCAGAAUAAAUAAAAAA